AUGGCGUCUCAUGAAACGCCGAGCAUAUACGCCGAGCUGCUCGCGAACAUCCGUCAGCUCUCCGUCGCGGUCUCCCUGCCUUCACCCGCGGGCAGCCACACGAGAGGCCUCAUUACGCCAGACGGCGCGACCCUCCAGCUCCAGCACGCCGGCGCGCACACCUCGUUCGCGCUCCCGGGCAGAGUCCAAACCCGCGGAGCCGCCCUGCCCGCCCCGCCGCAGGCCUCGCGCACCAUCUCAUGGCGCCUGCCGCUGGCGGUCGACGCGUCAGCCACGUCGCCGCUCACGACGCGCAGCCCGCACGACGAGCCCGUGCCGUGGACGGCGCUGGAUCUGGCCCCCGGCUCCGCCGUCGCGUGCAGGGCCUGCGCCGCGCCGCUGGUGCCCCCCGGGAGGGCGAGGGAGUGGAAAGACCUGCCGAGCGAGAACUGGGCUGAGAUGAUGGACUUCUGGCACUGCCAUAAGCCGACGGACCACGAGCACGGGCAGCACGACCACCUCGCCACCAGGCGCGGGUACGGCGCCAACUCGAGCAUCGCGGCGCAGCCCGGCGUCGGGAUGGUGGACCUCACCUCGUUCCUGUUUUCCGAGUCCGACUGCACGGGUCUGGAGUUCUCUUCGUCGCCGUCCCGCGGCGCGAGCUCAGACACCACCAGCUCGGCCGUCCUGGCCGGCGGGCCCGACCCGCCCCCGAGGAUGCUCCACGCGUUCUGCGCGGGUUGCGGCGCGCAGGUCGGCUUCUUCAACGUCGCCAUCGCCUCCGUCGUCCUGCUCAAGUGGCAGGUGUCCUGCCAGACGGCGUCGCCCUCGGCGGCCCCCACCAGCUCCGAGUGCCUGGCUGCCGCCCUGACCGCCACGCUCUCGCGAUCUGGGUCGUCCAAGUCCGUUGUCGUGCCCACGUUUCCGUCGUCGUCGCCGUCAUCCCCUGCGCUGCACCUGUGGAUCCUCAACAGCCAUAUCGUCUACGCCUCCUCGUCGAGGCGCGCCGGUGCCUCGCGCUCCGCUAUCAAGCUGCUGUACCGGGAGAUCCCGCAGGAGGAGGCCGACGCGAUGCUCGAGUCGAUGACGUCGGACGUGCAGGAGGUCAACCUGCCGCCGCCGGCGAUCGCCGCGGCGGCCGAGGGGCUGCGGGCGAGCAGCGGGCUACUCCCGCCGGGCGAGCGGGCGUUGAAGGAGUGGAACGUCGGGCUGCUGGACAAGUGGGAGGCGGGCGACGGGCGGGAGCGCGUCUGA